AAGAAAGUGUCGCCUGAUACCAUAACAAUCUCAGCUGAUCCUUGAGGACGUGCUGGAGGAAGGACAAGGUGGUCCUUCAUCCUUUUCUUUUGCUCUCCCGGCUUCGUUUUGUCUUCGCUUUGUCGGUUUCAGAUUGCAGAGCCAGCCAUGUCAAAUUCAGCUUGGACAGGAGCCAGGCCUCACAUCAAUGAAUCCGAGCUGCUGUGUCGGACAGGAUGUGGGUACUAUGGGAAUCCGACCUGGGAUGGCCAUUGUUCCAAGUGCUAUAAGGAGCUCAUUCAAAAAUCCCAACAACGGAAAGCUGUCUUUGAUCCUACUCAGAAGAUUCGCAGUAAGGUGAGCCGCUCUGUCAGUGAUGUUUCUGAGCUGACAUCAACGGCAACUUCUUUGAUGAGCCGCAAGUUUGAUCGCUUUGAAGAAAAAAGGCGACAGCAGCUUGACAAAAGAACAAAAGCUGUGAAAUCGAUCUUUAGGAAAUCACAGAGUAAUAAAGACCCAAAUAAGGCAGAGCAGUGGAAAGCAACCAGACAACUCAGUUUUGAGUCCCAGAGUGUUGGUCAGGAGUUCAAUGAAUUCCUAAAAACCCUGAACAAAGAUGUGCAAGUGAGGGUCAGCAAGCAGAUUAAUACGUUUGUGGAGAAAAUGUUACGCUGUGUGGAGUUUCAGUCAGUUGAUGAGUCUGGAGAACAGGUGCAUGACUUCUACAACUCCAUGAAUGAAAUGAUCACUAUGCAGAGUUCUUAUCAAGAACUGACACAGGAUCAGAUUGAUAGAAUCAAUGAGCUCACAGAACGAUAUGUGACAACCAGGCUGUACAAGGCGUUUAUUGGUGCUGUUAAUGCUAUCUCUGAAGAAAAGGAUCUUGCUAUUCAGAACAGAAUCCGCAGCUUGGCUUGGGUCAGCAGCCAGCACUUGGAGUGUGGUGUUGAUGAGACAAAGGAGGAAGUGCGUGAAGCUCUAGAUCUUGUGAUCACAGAACUGAUUGACGUCAACAGUAAACGUGUCCCUUCAGACAAGCUGAAAUGCCUUGUGUCGUCUAGUCAUCAUGUCCUGAAUCUCUUGAAACUGUCCAAAGGGGGAACCCCUGCAUCAGCUGAUGAUUUCCUUCCAGCUCUAAUAUACUGUGUUCUUCAAGCAAAUCCUCCAUUGUUACACAGCAAUAUUUUAUACAUUACUAGUUUUGCACAGCAGACAACGCUUCAGAGUGGUGAAGCUGGAUAUUUUUUUACAAAUCUGUGCUGUGCAGUUGCAUUUAUUGAAAAGUUAACUGCAGAAAGCUUGGGGCUGACAGAGGAUGAAUUCAAGCGCUAUAUGUCUGGAGAAGCUCUUCCCCCUAAUGCUCUGGAUGGGGACACGUGGCUGUGCGAGGGUAUGAGGGUCAUGCAGCAAAAUCUGAAGACUCUGGAUGACCUGAAGACGCGCAUGGAUCGUCUCAUGACAGAAUCUGACACACUGAUUGAUGAGAUGGACAGCUUAGAGACAAAUGUGACAAAAGAGGUGACAGCUGUGAUGGAGAGGACACCCUUACACAUUCGUCCACGUCAAGCCAACAUCGAUGAAGAGGUUCCAGCAUCAGACCUUCUCCCACCUCCCCUCACACCUCAGACACUAAAGGAUGGAGGUCGGCAGGCUGGAGCAGAAAACUUGCUGUCGUCUACUUCAGAUGCAGCAGCAGCAGCAGGAGGUCUCCUCUCGCCAAUAGGUUCAGAUGCUCCUCUCAGUCCAGACAUUCUGGCUGCUCAACAGUCCCUCUCAUUUCUUCAGGGCUUGUCAGAUCUAGACUCUGGACUGUUAUCAAAUGGGGAAAAUGAUAACGAGAAUUCAUCCCGGGGCAGAAAUGCAGCUAAAGAUGGCCAGUCCAGAGCCAAGGACUCAUCUCUACCAGACUUGUUGGACCCCUUUGAUAACCUUGUUGUGGGAGAUGCACCCAGCAGUUUACCACCAACCUUAGAUCCCACAGUCUCAUGUUCUAACCCAUUCCUGAAUUCUGCAAACUCACCAAAGCCUCCUGGAUUAUCUGGCGCAUAUUCUUCCCUGCAGCCAAAUAGCUCUUCUCAGCACACUGCAGCAUCAAGCUCUUCCAGUUCAACAGUGGGUGACCACUCUCUGUACACUGGCUUCACCGUUCAAGGAGGAAGAAUCCCAAACAUCCCGUGUGAUACAGGUCACUUCCCUUACGCAUCGCCGUGUGAGCCCCUGUCUCCACCGCUUGAGACGCCUCAGCCUUCUCUCCCGCCGCCGUUAAUUCCCAUGGCCUCAGGAGGGGACGGAGGGAGCACAAGGACGUCAUCUGGGGGCAGCACUCCCAGAUCUUCAGAGAAACAGCCACUGAAGAAGGAGGACACUAUUGACAAAGUGUACAAUGUUUUAGGGGAUAUUGUGCAGACUUUUGAUAAUCUCUUGUAGUUGGAUUGUUUGAUUCAACAUUUUUCCAGACUAAUUCAAGUUGGCUUACAAAUACAAAUAUAGUGUAAUUAUAGCUAUAGUUAUGGUAAGUAGAGUUCUGCAGGCUUUUGGCAUCAUGCAGGUUUGUAAGUGGCAGAUGUCACAUAUAGUGCAAUUUUUUCUUUAAUGCUGGUGAAGAGAUUUCAGAGUUAAAACAUAUUAUAACAUUGAAGACAGCAAAGGGUAAACUACCGUGCAUUAAUUGAAUACCACGGAAGGAGCGGCACAAGGAAAAAGUCACAUUCGGCUAAGAAAGGUGUAAAACUCCUUGAAACUUUACCAUCUUUAUUACAGGAAAAUUAGCUUUUAAUUAAGUAUAGCAUUUGAGUAAGUAAUAAUGAGUAGGAGUCCUUCAAGCCAGUUUUUAUUCAUAUUGUCUUCUAAUUUUUUCAAUAUAAUUUCUUUAAUCCUACCGUUCUUAUCUUUUGGCAUUAUUAUGUAUUUGAAUGUGGUACAAGGUUUACUUUUAGCAUAAGUGAAUGGAAUAUGUGAAGGAGAUAUUGGAAUAAAUAUAUAAUACCAAACUGUGUGUAAGUUUUAGUCUGUAUGUCCGUCUACAAUUUGUAACACACACACACACACACACACACACACACACACACACACACACACACACA